CAACCCGUCAAUCUUUGAAUAAGAAAGCUGAGCAGAGCAGCAUCAAGACUGAGAUUGAACAGCCGGAGUGGUCCACUGUGGAUCAAGUGGCAUCCGGUUCCAGCAGCUUCAUUAGGGAGCUUAUAUUAGAAGAAGUCCUGAUGAAGCUUGUCAAGAAAAUAUGCCGUGUGCCAAAAAGGACCAACAAGCGUCAGCGCAUCCAGAUCAGUGAUCUGGUGACUGAGCUGAUCCGAUUGUUCGAUGAUGAGGUGGCCAAAUAUCUGAUUGAGGAAAUGGGAAGCCAGCAAAAAAGUUUCAAUUCUAAGAUGACAUCGAAGCUGGCAGAUGCCAUCUACAUUGACCUUGGGAAGGUCAAGCCUUUGAAACGCUCCUUGAAAAUUGACGAUUUAUUUGAGGAUCAGGAGAUGCUUUCCAUUGUCUCUGACAUUGUUUCCCACAAGCUACUGGCCAUCUUGAAACCCUCAGUGCCCAACCCAUAUGACCACGAGACCUCAGACCUUGAAGAUUCAUGCAGUGAUGAUGUGGAGGAUGCGGAAUCUGAGGGGGUGCAUUAUGCCACCGGCAGAAAGUCCAAGAUGAGCAUUGUCCUUAAAGACACUACAGAACAGCCAGAGAUGUACAUUGCUGUGGAUUCUCCACCUAUGAUUAAAUUAUCCAAGAUGAGGAAAGGCAUCCGGGGCUUCUUCUGGGGAGUCCAGAAGGCCUGGAAACGCUUGGUCACCUGCAAGUCCUCUGGGUCCUCUGAUGGGUAGCCUGGAUGACGUGCAGCCCAUGUCAGUUGCUUUUGCCAGGCUACAUCUGAGGAGAACACCACAACUGGCCUCAAUACAACAUUUUUAUUUUUGUUGUUCAUUUCUGUUUUCAUUUUGAGUCCCCUAAUGCUGCUCUAUUUGAACCAGGCUGUCAGUGGACUAGCUUACCAUUAGUUUAUACUCCUUAAGGAAGAUCCACUAUAGGCUACUCAACACCAAAAUUCCAUCUGGGUCUUUUGAUCCCUUAUUAGCUCCCACUCCUGUAACUAGGAAUGUGAGCUUCUAAAUGUCAUUCAGACAUCUACAGCUUCUCCUGUGAUCAGGAAGAUAAGCUAAGAAGCCCAACCAAUUUAGAUGUGAUGCCAUCUCCCUAUUGUAAUCAUUGAUCCACGUCCAUUGCAGCCUCUAAAUUUGAUGUAGAUAUUUAGCCUAAAUUAAAGAAUUACAAGGAGGGUAGGCCGACAGCAGCUUCUACUCUUCCGAUUAGGAAAGUGGUGCUAAACUUUUUGGGCUUUGAGGAACUAUGUAUUUUAUUUUUCAAUCACUUACAUACUUUUUAAUGGAUGUUUUAAUAAACCAUUUGUAUUGCAGAUUUUGAUUAAUAUUGUAUCUUUCAUAAUUGUUCAUUUUAAUUUAGGUAUUCAUUUGAUGACAUGGGACUAAAGCGUAGUUUAUACCCUACAUACGUACACAAGAAAUAACUACAAGCAGCUACACAAAAACCACUCUACACAAGAACGCAGGAUCAGCAUUUUGUGAAGCGUUCUUGUGUUGCACUGUCAGUCGUCUUCUUGAAUGACAGUGGACCAAGGCGCAGCGUAUGCAAAAUACAUCUUCUUUAUUUGAGAAAGAAGACAAACGAAACAAACACUAUACACAAACUAACCAAAACAACAAACGACCGUGAAGCUACAAACGUUAGUGCACAAACAAGCAACAAACGUUCAACAUACUGACAUAGACAAUUACCCACAAAUGCAUGAUGCCUAUGGCUGUCUUAAAUAUGGCUCCCAAUCAGAGACAAAUGAAAGACAUCUGUCUCUGAUUGAGAACCACUCAGGCAACCAUAGACUUACCUAGAAACAUACACUCCACCAUAGACACAGCUAGACUUCUAUACUAAACAUAAACCCAACUACUCUAAUAAACCCCCUAAACCUUACAACCACCCUAGACACUACAAAAACCACAUACAUUCCCCAUGUCACACCCUGACCUAACUAAAAUAAUUAAGAAAACAACGAAUACUAAGGCCAGGGCGUGACAUGCACACGAAGGGUAUGAACUAGGCUUAGUCAUUUUAUGACUUCUAUAAGGGUAUAUAAUGGUAUCCAUAGUGCAGUAUUAAGAUAUUCAUUAUGGAGCUUUAUAUUAUAGUAGAAAUAGUGUAAAUGAGUAAAAGUGAAUUGAUGUAUGUCAACUUGAUGGCGAUAUUUGCUUGCUCAACAAAAGCUAUAUUGGUGUUAGAAGGUCUGAAGUUGCAUGACAUUCACAUAUUUAUUUAAUUGGCACGGCCCUGAAAGAGGUAGAAAAGGCCUCAAGAUGGCAACAAAUAUAUUCUAUCAGAAAAUCGAAUCAAUGUAUUUAUCCCAUGCGCUGAGUAGAACAGGUGAAAUGCGUACUUACAUCUUCCUCUAACUCUGCCUUGGCAGAGAAGGGCUUGAUGAAUCAUAUACAGUAUAUUGAAUUCAGAGUUUCUAGUGUGAAAUACAACAUUGCUGUCUGCCAAAUUAAUUAGCAGUAUUAAAGCAGUGUAAUAUACACUGGGUGUACAAAACAUGAGUGCUCUUCCCAUGACAUAGAUGGACCAGGUGAAUCCAGGUGAAAGCUAUGAUCCCUUAUUGAUUUCACAGUGUAGAUGAAGAGGAGGAGACAGGUUAGUGAAGGAUUUUUAAGCCUUGAGACUAUUGAGACAUGGAUUGUGUAUGUGUGCCAUUCAGAGGGUGAAUGGGGAAGACAAAGUAUUGAAGUGCCUUUGAAUGGGGUAUGGUAGUAUGUGCCAGGCACACCGAUUUGAGUUUGUCAAGAACUGCAACGCUGCUGGGUUUUUGACGCUCAACAUUGUCCCGUGUGUAUCAAGAUUGGUCCUCCAACCAAAGGACAUCCAGCCAGCUGGGGGUUGGCUCCUCUCUUGGGAUAACAUUUUCCAUACUAAAAGCAUGUAUCUUCUUUAAAAGCACAGCCAUGAGUGUAUUUCUCCUGUGCGAGGAUGAAGUGGACCGACAAAUGCCUUCAAACACCAUUUGGAAUUUGAGAGUGACCCUGAGUUUUGACUGCGGGUCACUACAUACACUCGCCAGCAGCAGUAAACCAAAGAGUGUAAAAGCAAUGUAUAUUCAGUAUUCACUCCCUUCAUACAUAGAGGAAGCACAGUGAUGCUAAAGGGAUGGGAUCUGACCUUGACCCAGCGGCAUAUCUGUAAAGUAUGAGCAGGGUAAGGAGGUUUUCCUGACCACAUGAACUGACCAGGGAAAACUCCUGACCCUGGACAAGGUCUUAUUUUAGAGCAAAGAGGUGUUAGGCACUGUGUUGUCUGGUACAGAGAACAUGAGUAAACUAUAACAACAACAUAUUUUUUUAACACUCCAUUUUGCCCUGGUGUUGAUCUCUACUCCUGGGUCUUGAAGGUGGCAAGGACACACUCAAGAACACCCACAUCAAACCACACCCCCAAGCCAACUCACGUUUGGCUUCUGUCAUGGCCGCUUGAGGAGCAAUCCAAUAAAAACCAGGCCAAUUCAGCGGGUGCAGUUAUGGACAUAUGCCAUCUAUGGCAAAAAGAGGCCUCUUAAAAUGGACAAACUUAAACAAAGAUGCUAUAUGUAAUUGUAUAUGGUGGCUGGCGAUUGAUUGUGAGAUAGUGGUCUUUGCACCACGCUUGACCAGCUCCACCUCCUUCUGCAACCCCUUUACUUUCCAUCAAAGCCCAGGGAUCCUCUUCAAAUGUAUGUGCAUGUGGAGUUGUGCUACGUCCUCAUAACGCUUCUUAGUCGUAGUCUAUGACCUACCCUCUAAGUAACCUGUAGUUAACCUGAGGUCACCCUCCCCGGUUCUGUCCCUCUCCAUGUCUCCUGCAGGGCCUGCUCACAGCCAACCACCCAGAGCUAAUAUCUGCCAUCCUACCCGACUUCCAAAGGAAUAUGAAGGAAUAUGUAGAAUGUGACUUGCAGGACAUUUUGCCACAUUCAACCUAAAAAUCUCCACCCACAGACCAAUUAGGCACUGGAAAGAUUGUGAGUUGUAAGACACACAUUUCUGCUCUUUAGAAUCAACAACUAGAUACCGUAAAUGGUCACACAUCAAGUUUCCAUCCAACCCCUUUUACUGCGAGUAAAGUGCAUGGUGGAUAAAAAAUAGGCCUGAUGGAAACAGAAAAUUUGUUGGUCAACUUUCCAAAUGUCGUGAAUAGUGAACACUACAAAACUAUGAAAAAACACAUAUAGAAUCAUGUAGUAUCCAAAAAAGUGUUAAACAAUUCAAAAUAGAUUUGAGAUUUGAGAUUCUUCAAAGUAACCACCCUUUGCCUUGAUGACAGCUUUGCACACUCUUGGCAUUCUCUCAACCAGCUUCACCUGGAAUGCUUGCAGGGUGAACAAGGCUUUAGUGACAGCUCUUUCACAGACUCUGCUUCACAACCAGACAACUAACCAUUCCACUACUGGAGAAUCCUAGCAUCAUCCAGUUAGUCAAUGGGCCUGGAAUGAACUGUUGUAGUUGGACACUGAUCACCACACAGCCCUGAAUACCCUGCCAGUCAUACAGGAAGGAUACUGCUCCAGAAUGACCAGUUAGCUGUGCAACUUGGGCAGGCCCCAGAACAACAACCAUCAAUGGCUACUUUGUCUCCUCACACUGUUAGGACACACUAAUGUUCCGAUCACCUUAAAAACUUUGAAUCAGAGCUGUACAAAUCAAAUCAAAUUGUAUUAGUCACAUGCGCCGAAUACAACAGGUGUAGGUAGACCUUACAGUGAAAUGCUUACUUACGAGUCCCUAACCAACAAUGCAGUUAAAAAAAUACAGAUAAGAAUAAGAGAUCAAAGUAACAAGUAAUUAAAGAGCAGCAGUGAAAUAACAAUAGCGAGACUGUAGCAGGUUGAGAGCUUCAACCAGGGGGGGGGGGGGGGCACUGAAAAUUGUCUGGGAAGCCAUUUGACUAGAUGUUCAGGAGUCUUAUAGGGGGUAGAAGUUGUGUAGAAGCCUCUUGGACCUAGACUUGGUGCUCCGUUACCGCUUGCCGUGCGGUAGCAGAGAGAACGGUUUAUGACUAGGGUGGCUGGAGUUUUAGACAAUUUUUAGGGCCUUCCUCUGACACCGCGUGGUAUAGAGGUCCUGGAUGGCAGGAAGUUUGGCCCCAGGGAUGUACUGGGUUGUACGCACUACCUCUGUAGUGCCUUGCGGUCGGAGGCCAAGCAGUUGCCAUACCAGGCAGUGAUGCAACCAGUCAGGAUGCUCUCCAUGGUGCAGCUGUAGAACCUUUUGAGGAUCUGAGGACCCAUGCCAAAUCUUUUCAGUCUCCUGAGGGGGAGAAGGCAUUGUCAUGCCCUCUUCAUGACUGUCUUGCUUGGACCAUGUAAGUUUUUUGGUGAUGUGGACACCAAGGAACUUGAAGCUCUCAACCUGCUCCACUGCAGCCCCGUCGAUGAGAAUGGGGGCGUGCUCGGUCCUCUUUUUCCUGUAGUCCACAAUCAUCUCCUUUGUCUUGAUCACAUAAAUAUAUUAUUCAUUUUAGGUCUUUCCCUGUGCUGAAAAUCAAGUAUAGUUUGGUGGCAAGGGCAGUGUCCUGACUUUUUGGGAGCAGUUAUCAGUUGUGUACAUUGCAUAUGUCUUAGUAAAACACCCUUGAUGUUUAUUAUGAUGUUAUGGGGGAGGGGUGGGAAUGCAACAAUAUUGUAUAUUGUUUGGGGGAAAAAUAUGGGGUCAAUUUCACGCAUUAAGUGUUGAAUUCAAAAUAAAAUAAAUUGUAAACAUCAGAAAUAAAGUUCAAAAUGUGAAGAAUGAGAGAAGGGAUGGAUUUUGAGAGAAUCUGUCAGGUUUUGGCCAGGACUGUUCUGGUUUUGGUCACUAGAUGUCCCCAUUGCACCUUUUUUGAACCUUUUGUUUUUUCCUUGCUCUAAUUAUUGUUUGCACCUGUAUGUCGUUCCCUUGUUAGUAUUUAAACCCUGUGUGUUCCUCAGUUCUUUGCUCAGUGUUUGUAUGUUAGCACCCAGUCCAGCCCAAGCCUUGUUAUGAACAUAUAUUUUCUCUUGUUGGAUUUUCCAGAGGUUCUCUGGCUUUGUUCUUGUGUUUCUUGGAUUAGUCUUUUGAGGUUUGUUUUUUCCCUUGCUGUUCUUACCACUUUGUGGAUUUUCUUUGUAUUUUGGAAGAUAUCCAUUUUUUGCCUUUUGGCUUUAUUUUGGACAUUGUGGAUAUAUAUUCUUUGCCUGAAGAUCUUGUUCUUUUAUUAAACCACCAUCUUUAGUA